AUGACCCAAGGGAUUGGCUCAUGGGAGAUACUGUCUAUAGAUGACCCAAGGGAGCCAACUUGGAUGGAUCCUAUCAUCUCUUUUCUUCAAGACGGAACACUACCAAAUGAUGCUACUACAUCAUUUCGCAUCCGACGCAUGGCUGCCAACUUCAUUCUUAUAGGGGAUGAGGGGAUGGAACUGUAUAAGAAGGCAUUUGUAGGUCCGUAUCUCAACUGUUUUCCUCCAUCUGAAGCUGAUUAUGCUCUACGAGAAGUUCAUUUUGGAAUAUGUGGGGAGCAUCUUGGUGGCAGGGCACUUGCUCUUAAAAUAAUGAGGCAAGACUUCUACUGGCCCACGAUUAAACAAGAUGCAUUAGAGUUUGGGGUAGAUAUCAUGGGACCAUUUCCGAUAGCUACUGGACAACGAAAAUUCAUCAUUCUAGCUGUCGACUACUUCACCAAAUGGGUAGAAGCAGAGCCGCUUGCCAAGAUCACUGAGAUUAUUGCUCAACUUCUUUCUGAGCGUUUGAUUCCAUUUGUUGCGCUUGACGUUAGAAGUGAUCGGGUUGCCGUUGGGCGUGCUCUUGACUUGCCUGCAUAUUUUGGAGAUGCCGGGAGUAGAGAGGUCUUACACAAAGUUGGGGCUAAAAGAGCUUGUGCUGCUGGAAUUACAUUGGAUACAUCUGGUGCAAAUUACAGAACUGUGUGGGCUCUUAGCAAAUAUUUCCCCAAUGUGAAGACAUUCGUCCGAGCUCAUGAUGUUGACCAUGGCAUUAAUCUGGAGAAAGCAGGAGCAACUGCGGUUGUACCAGAGACAUUGGAACCAAGUCUCCAGCUAGCAGCUGCUGUUCUUGCUCAGGCCAAGCUGUCAACUUCCGAAAUUGCAACAGUUAUUAAUGAAUUCAGAGCCCGUCACCUCUCUGAGCUCACUGAGAUAUGUGAGGCAAGAGGUGGAUCGCUGGGUUAUGGAUUCUCAAGAGUCAUGUCCAAGACGAAAUCUCUGAAUUCUUCUGAUUCGGAUGAUGAUGAAUUUGUUGAAGGUACACUGGCAAUUUGAUCAAACAAGUAGAGUAGGUAGAAAGAACUCAUUUUUUUAGCAGAAUUUUGAAACUUGUACAGCUAGUUGAGAUACAUUUGUAUAGUGAAAUGAACAGCUCACAUGGAAACAUACUGCUCAUUUUUGGGCUGAGAUGCCUUUGAGCCCUUCAACUCCCUUUUCUCCACGGCCAUAUCACACACACCAGAACAUACGUUUCUUGGUAGAGUAAAUGAGGCUUGCUUUGCUGCCAAGCACGCCAAUUAAUAUCAAAUUUUCGAUUUAUUUUUAGGGUCUAAAUUCUAAUAUUAUCUUCUUAUGGUAUACUGAGGAUGACCUCUCGUACCUAUUUGUGAGAUGCUUGCUCAAAUUGAUUUUUGUA